GUGUGGAAGAUGGAGUGGCUGCAAUCGGGCUCAGUACAACCGGGCCUCGGUCACACGGCGCCGAGAGGUGGGAGGGUAGCGCUGGUUGUGGCUUGUGUACACCUGGUUUAACGGUGUGCUCCCAGGAGCCCACGGCUCAUGCCUUCUGCUGACGACACAUUCUAGUGCCCCACCUUUUUGAAAUUUGUUCACUGGCCCCAUGACUGAGCAAAAAGAUUGAAAUGUGGAUCUUCACAUGAAAAGGUUGGACACUCCGAAGCAGAGGAAACUUUAUGGGUCCCCAAAAUGUUGUGGUACCAGUCCUUGAAACUGGUGAAAACAUUGGCAUUGACGCAUGGUGGCACAUGUGUGUGGACGCGAUGUGCAUGGGAGAGAGCUCGAGGAUUAUCUUAUUCAGCUGCUAAUGGUAUCAUUGGAAAAGACCAAAGAAUAGGCUGUAACAGGCAAUUAUCCUCAUUGUCAAAAUCAUUUGAGGGUAAUGGUGUGUUUCAAAGUCCCAUAGUUUCUCACAGAAGGACACUGUCAUUAUCUUCACAUGUGCCUGCAUCAGCAGUUUCAACUCCUCAACCUGGCUGGUACGAAAGCUUUGCAGACUCGGUACCUGUUCAACUAACACAGGACCUCCUGAUUAAUGUGCAGCAGGUCACAGGACUACCAUGGUGGGCAAGCAUAAUUUGUACCACACUGGCAUUGCGAGCAACUGUGACGUUCCCACUAGCUAUUUACCAGAUGUACAUUAUUGCCAAGGUUGAAAAUUUACAGCCAGAGAUUGCAGAAUUAGCCAAGCGACUGCGUUAUGAAGUAUCUGUGCGUGCAAAGCAAGUUGGAUGGUCUGAAAAGGUGGCUCGUUUUCACUUCAGGAAGAAUCUUCACAGGAUCAUCUCUGAGCUAUACGUACGUGACAACUGUCAUCCUUUUAAAGCCAGUCUAUUGAUCUGGAUCCAGUUGCCACUGUGGAUUCUCAUCUCUAUUGCCUUGCGGAAUUUGAGCCUCUCAGCCUCUGAUACAGCAUCAGCCCCUGCUGUUCAGGAUCUAGCAAUGGGAGGAGUACUCUGGUUUCCGGACCUUACUUUGCCAGAUUCCACCUGGAUUCUGCCCAUCUCGUUAGGACUUGUAAACCUUUUAAUAGUCGAGAUUUUUGCUCUCCGAAGAAUCGAAUUGUCGAAAUUUCAGAAAUACGCCACUUACGUGAUCCGUGGAAUCUCUGUGCUAAUGGUCCCGAUUGCUGCAACUGUGCCCUCAUCUAUGGCUCUCUAUUGGUUUACUUCUAGCUGUGUGGGUCUUGGGCAGAAUUUGCUGCUACGCUCUCCGAGCCUUCGUACUGUCUGCCGGAUUCCCAAGAUGAAGUCUGAUUCUGACACUCCUUUUAGAGACUUGUCAGCGGGACUUAUUGCAAAAUAUUUUCCUAGGAAGUGAUGAACUAUCCUUUUGUGCGUGUAAAAUUCAUGCUGUGAUUUGAUGGGCCACAACAUAGUCCCACAUUUCAACUUUCAAAAACAAAGUCAGUCAAGUGUGUGCAACAGAUGUUAAGUCAUAUUAAAAAUGAUACAUAUGCUGGACAUUGUGAGGAGCUUCAAUGGUUGCACAUGAUUCAUUUUGAUUUUCUACCUUACCAGAUUAUAGAGAUGAAAAGGACCCAGAAUCUUGGUACUUGCAUACUGUUAUAAUUCUCUACAGCAAAUUGGUGAGACUGGCGUAAUGUUAAUGCCACUAGAAAUGUAAACUAGAGGCAAUGAGUUCAGAUCCUACUGUGGAUUUAAAUUAUUGAUUUAAUCAAAUUUGAAAUUGAAAACUCAUCAUGGUUAUGAUGACCAUCAGUUGUUAUAAAAGCCCAUCUGGUUCACGCAUGUCCUUUAGGGGAAAAUCUACCAACCAUAUCUGGAGUCAUAUGUGACUGCAGACUUUCAGCAAUGUAGUUGUCUCUGAACCUGCUCUCUGAAAAAGUGUGAUCAGCCAAUAAAUUCAAGGGUAGAGGACAGUAAAUGUUGAGCUUGUCAGCAAUGCUUACAUUCCUUGAAAGAAUAAAAAAGCUGGUGGAACCUCCUCAUCACUUGCAGCCUUUUUGCAGAUGACAUAUUUUAAUAAUUUGGUCCUACUUUCCUUCCUCCCUCUUUUCUAUUGUGCUGCUUCAGGUCGUCAUUGUGCUACUGUAUUGGCUUUGUUGAUUUAAGUUUUUAACCCUGUUAGAAUUAUAAUUGUUUUUGUAGUGAA